AUGGCACAGGCAAAUCCGGAGACAGGCACUGGAGAGGAGAUCGAGUCACGUGACGAUGACAUCACUUCCGGCUUUUCUCUAGAGUGUUUUUCAGGAAGUAGACAUCGUCUGGUGCAGGUUGCUGUAGCAGGAGCCGUCCUCCUUCUAUUGGGCAUCGGCAGUUCCUUAGCUGGGGUGUUCUUCAUCAUGCAGGGUACCCAAAAGGUCCAGUUUUCCAAUGACAUCUUCUGGGCAAGAGACCCUACACUGCCAGUAACGUACAACAGCACACAAGAAAGCCACGACGGAGAUGUGAUGUCGGAGAAUAUCAUCAUAAUUGGUGAGGAAGGAUCAAAGCAUGGACACAAACAUCGGAACGAUCGCGGGGUGGUGGUAUCGGAAGACAAUGAGAUAUUUGUGUCAGAUCUUGACAAAAAACGAAUCGACGUGUACAGCAUGAACGGCACCCAUCUCCGCCACUUCCUCACCGAGUUACCCGGUGGCAAUGGGCAAAAGAUGCUGCCUUAUGACGUUGCCAUGGACGGACAGGGUCACCUGUGGGUACCUGUAUUAAAAAGGUACCGAGAUAGUGAUGGUUAUGUAGUUCAGUACAGUCAAGAUGGCCAGCCAUUGAGCAAGUUCGCGUUUCAAUCAUUCAGCAGCGGAUACCCUCACAUUGACUUUGACGUUCGCACUAAUAACAUCAUCUUGGUCAAUGAUAGUCAAAUUGUGAUGUUUCAUCCUAACGGUACGAUGUGCCGGACCUUCGGAAACGAAGGGGGGCAAAAAAUGAGAUUGCAGUACGCUGCUUCAGACAAAGAUGGAAACAUUUUUGUGACUGAAUUACUCGAUUCCGUUGUCCAGGUAUACCAUCCCUCGGGACAUCGGCUUUUCGGAGGCUAUGGUAGCGGUGAAGGUAAACUAGAUUUUCCGCGAGGUAUUCGCGUAGACACUGCCGGUCACGUCUUCGUAGCCAACGAGGGAAGUGGACGGGUGGACGUGUUCACAAGCCGCGGAGAAUUUCUCCUCACUGCCGCUGAAAUCACAAAGCCGUGGAAUCUUGCCGUGGGACCAACUGGGCAAUUAGUAGUGACCAAGGCUGUCGACAAUACUAUAACUAUCUUUCCAGGCUAUUUCAAUGGUUCAAAGAUUUGA